AUGGCGAACUCCUCCCACGACGGCGCAUUUGGCGCAGGAGUCGUUCAUGACCUGCAGCAAUCCCAGAAUCUCGAGCUGCUCGACGUUAUCGACCAAUUGCGAGCAGAAGGUCUCAACGAACACGUCGAUUUGCCGCAAUUGAUCGUCGUUGGUGAUCAAUCCAGUGGCAAGAGCUCGCUGCUUUCAGCCAUAUCUGGCGUUCCAUUUUCCAGGAAAGACAACCUCUGUACACGUUUCGCAACUGAAGUGGUCUUGCGCCGCAAUGACUCGCUUACCGACGUCCAGAUCACGGUGACCAUUAUAUCGAGCAGCUCUCGACCGUACGCAGAUCGUACGCGCCUCGAUGCAUUCGCACGCAAGCUCCAGACAAUCGAUGAACUUCCCAACGUCAUGGAGGCGGCUGCCACAGCAAUGGGACUUGGUCCUAGCGGUACUGCAUUUGCGGCUGAUAUCUUGCGCCUUGAUGUCUGCGGUGCCCGGAUGCCUCAACUCACGAUUGUUGAUCUACCGGGUCUCGUUCACGCAGAGACCAACCGUCAGACCAAGGAAGACAUUGCACUAGUCAACGGACUGGAACGUAGCAUCAUCUUGGCCGUCGUGUCGGCAAAAAACGACUAUCAAAACCAGAUCGUCCUGACCAAGACUCGGCAAGUGGAUCCAGAUGGCCGACGAACCCUUGGAAUUGUGACUAAACCUGACGCGUUGUUCCCCAACUCCGAAUCAGAGACUUCCUUUCUUGAGCUGAUACGAAACGAGGACAUCAAGUUCUCGCUGGGGUGGCAUGUCGUUCGCAAUCCGGACUCCAAUGAAAACCAGACUGUAGACCCGGGAACCUUGGAACAUGACUUCUUUCGAAAAUCACGCAUGUCUCGAAUCGAUCCAUCCAAGCGUGGGCUUUCUUCUCUACGCACACGCCUAAGCGAGGUACUUUUUCGACAGAUCGAACGCGAGCUCCCAAGUCUGAUGAAAGAAGUGUUUGCCGCUGCUUCCCGAACGCGAGACGGCUUGGAACGCAUGGGACGAAGUCGAACAACGAUCAUGGAGAAGCGUCACUUUGUCAUGGAUAUUGGCAACAAAUUCCAUAGCCUUUGCUUUGCUGCUUGCGAGGGCUUGUAUGAGGAUCAAUUUUUUGCCGAACAUGGGUCUGAUAUGAGCGCUCGCCGCCUCCGUGCGGUUGUUCAGAACACCAACAUCGAAUUCGUUGCCCGCAUGCUGAAAGCUCCGUUACGAACAGGACACUUGGGCGCCUCGGAGACUUCCGAGAGUGAUGCAUUCAAUGUGGUUGACCGUGCACGCGAGCUCGUUCACUCAUAUCGUGGCAAAGAAUUGCCGGGAACAUUCAAUCCAGCUCUGAUCGGACAGCUUUUUCGCGAGCUGAGUAGGCCCUGGAGAUUGAUGGCCCGUGAACACAUCGACGCUAUCUGGUUGGCCGCUCGCGUCACCGCGGUUGCGGUCAUAGACUCCAUCACAAACUCUCGUGUCCGUGAUGCGUGCUUGAGAACGGUCAUCGAUCCGGCCCUCGAAAGCAUGCGACGAACUAUGGUAGAUCGAUUCGACGACUACAUGGCAAACUUUGAGCGUCAGCCUAUCACUUACAACCACUACUUGACAGAGAAUGUCCAGCGUGUACGACUGGAACGUGAUCGAGCGGCCGCGGAAGCACGAUUCAUCAAGUUCUUCCAGGAAAGGGAAAAGAAAGGUCUUGGAGCUGCUGGAUACAAUUAUCUUGUCAGUUGCGCAGUGCCAGAGACUCAGCCCGACAUGGACGCCCUGGCUGCGCAAAACUUGGCCGACUAUGCUCAAGCGUAUUAUCAUGUUGCAAUCAAACGGAUCAUCGAUGAUGUUCCCGCACACGUGGUCGAGCCGGCAUUGAUGACAACUCUACCGAAUAUCCUCGACGCUUCCAAGAUACUGGAGAUGCCCGAGGCCUUGAUAGAGGAGGUCGGCAGCGAAUCAGAGAAACGACGAACCGAAAGGGAUGCGCUCAGGUCCAAACUCGAAAUUUUCGAGCGUAGCAGUAUAAUCUGCCAGAUUUACGUGAAAUCAACGGGCUCGGAUUCACGCGGGCACCAUACGCGCGAAAAUAAUACUGCGGACCGAGACAUCGAGCACAACACCGUACCAAAGUCUCUGAAUGGCGAAGCAAAAUGA